AGCAACAAGCCAGCAGCUAGCAUGACGUCGAGGAACGGGUGUCCUCUCUUCUCCUCUGGCUAGCUUGAUUCUGUCAGCCUUGGCCCGCAGUGGCCGCUGUCGCGAGAUAUAUCCUGAGCGUCAGUCAGGUUAGAGAAAAGGCCUCAAGCAUCAGUAGUGAGCUGUUGCUCCUCCGUCCCGAUCGCUGCGCCGCGAUCACGCCGAAAUGAAGUUUCCACUGAUUCCGGUCUUGGUUGCUUGCUUCUUCGCGGUUCUUUUCCUCCAGUGGCUCCUCCUCGACAACACCCUCUCUACUUCCAGGUCUCAGCGGCCACCAAGCCCCGACGCAAUUGAAAUUAAUGGUUCAUUCUCAUUGUUGCUGGAAGGCACCAAUGGUGGUGGAAGUUUUUACAGGAAGCCACAGGACAAUCAGGAGGAAAAUUUUCCCGAGUAUUUCCGAUUCAUUGAGGAGGACCUCCGGCCAUGGCGGGAGAGAGGCGGCAUCACGCAGGAGGCGCUCGCGAAUGCACGCGCCAUAGGAGCAUCGUUCCGUGUGCUUAUAGUGAAAGGAGAACUCUUCGUGGAACACUAUGCAGAAUGCUAUCAAACCCGAGCGCUCUUCACGCUCUGGGGAAUCCUCCAGCUCCUGCGUCGUUACCCGCCCUGCCGUGCUGCUGCUCCUCGUGCCGCUGCUGCUAUAAACAGUAGCAGCACAGCAGCAGAAUACCGUGUUAGGGGAACAGAUUUAACAGGCGACGUGUCAUGGUGUGUGCCUGACGUGGAUUUGAUGUUUGAAUGCCAUGAUUGGCCGCUGGUUGAGAGAGCUGUCCAUGCUGGCGCCACCCAUCCUCCGCUGCUGCUCAAGUACUGUAGCACGCCCCGGCACAUGGACGUGGUAUGGCCUGAUUGGUCCUUCUGGGGCUGGCCUGAGGUGCGUAUCAGGGAGUGGGACACAACGAGAAACCUGAUCAGAGAGGGCACGGGUUCGAUACCCUGGAGAGACAGAAUUCCACGCGCCCAUUGGAAGGGCACCACCUGGGUCGCACCAGGCCUGAGGAAGCCUGUGGUCGAUUGUAGCAGUCAAAGGAGAGGGGAAGGGGUUGGCGAUAGCAAAGAGGUGAAAGAGACAGGGAAUGAUUGGGGAGUUGAUGCAUGGGACACGAAUUGGGUGCAUGAGAUUUCAGAGGAGAGCACACGACUGGAGAACCAGUGCAAGCAUAGGUACAAGAUAUAUGUGGAGGGGAGUGCAUGGUCGUGCAGCCUCAAAUACAUCCUGGCGUGUGCAUCUACACCCAUCUUCGUCAAGCCAGCAUACUUUGAUUUCGUUUCAAGAGGACUGCGUAACGGCACACACUUUAUUGAAGUACCCCUUCCGAGUGAAGGACCCAUGUGUGCAAACCUCAAGAGGGCUGUCGACUGGGGAAACGGGCACCCCGACGAGGCAAUGAGAGUUGCAGCUGCAUCGUCAAAUUUCGUGCAAAACGAGCUUACAAUGGACAACGUACACAAAUACAUGCUAUUGUUUCUAAACCAGUAUGCUUCGCUACAGUUAUUCGACCCUUCCCAAUUGCCACAUGAGGGCAUGGAGGUUGCAACUGUGGAAUCGCUAACGAUUUCAGCACCUAAGGAGAUCAAUUGUGUAGAAUACCUUCGCAGCUAUUGAUGUACUUAUGGCGCUUCCUAAGUGGAUUCUU